CGCCGGACCGGAAGGAAUAUGCACACAUACCGGCAUUUGCCGUCACCGGAUCCGGCACCCGGUAAAACGAAGAAGGUUCGGUCAACGCUCGGGCAGGCACCAUUUUAGUUUGAUUCUGAACGACGCGCGAGAAGCAUUGCCAUUAUGAUUAGUGAAAGACAUAGGCGCCGCAAUUUACUGAUAUUACUACAUCUUAGGCGAAAAUAUAGGAAACGAGAACGCCAGUACUGGGUUCAUCCCAUUUUAGCUGUGAGGUAUCUGGAAGGAAAUUUCUACACGCUAUUUGAGAAGCUGAGAUGCGAUGAUGCCAAGUUUUUCAAUUAUUUUCGAAUGUCCACCAGCACCUUUGAUUUCCUGGAGGGGCAGAUAGGAGACCUUAUUAAAGGCCAAGAUACUCCAAUGAGAGUGUCCAUACCACCAAAGGAAAUGUUAGCCGUGACAAUAAGAUACCUGGCAACGGGGGCAACAUUUACUGAAAUGCAUUACAACUACAGACUGGGAAUAAGUACAGUAAGAAAGAUUGUACGAUUGGUAUGUAAUGCUUUAUGGGACACGCUAAAACAUGAUGUCUUUCCGAAAUCUACAGAAGAGAACUGGAGGGCAAUAUCAGAUCAAUUUGCGACAUUUUCACAUUUUCCCAAUUGCCUGGGAGCUGUUGACGGGAAACAUAUAAGAGUCAACAAAUUUCCCCACAGUGGUUCAAUGAACCUCAACUACAAGAGUUAUUUUUCCAUAGUGCUCAUGGCAAUUGCUGAUUGCGACUAUAAAUUUACAUAUGUUGAUAUUGGCGCUUAUGGCAAAGAUUGCGAUUCAUCUGUUUUCCAGGAGACGUCAUUUUUUAAGCUGCUAAUGCAAAAUAAAUUAAACAUUCCAGCUUCAGGUCCGUUAAACACACAUUCUAACCUUACUUUUCCGUUUGUAUUUGUGGGCGACGAAGCGUUCUCUCUCUCGGAAAACAUGAUGCGACCAUAUGCAGGACAUUAUCUCCCCGAGAAUAAACGGGUAUUUAAUUACCGCUUGAGUAGGGCACGACGAUACGUGGAAUGUGCUUUUGGGAUCUUCGCUAAUAAAUGGAGAAUCUUUCACAAGGCACUAAACGUAUCAAAAGACUUUGCGAAAGAUAUCGUAAAAGCGUGUGUGGUUUUACAUAAUUUGGUCCGAAGUAAAGAUGGGUACCGAUCUGCAGAUACGGAUUUCGUGCAACGUUUACAUGACAUCAACACAGCCCCAUGUUGCCGAUCAACAAGAAAUGCUAAUGAUAUACGAGAUCGAUUCACUGAGUAUUUUGUCAGCGCCGAGGGAGCAUUACCAUGGCAAAAUGCGAAAAUCUAG